AUGGCACAAUUAUCUUCACAAGGUAAUAAUGCUAUAAUAUAUUUAAGUUAUGCUUUCAUGUUAGCUACUGGUUUAUUUUUAGCUUGGAAAUAUGCUUCAAAAGAUGAUUUCUUAGCUUCAAAUGGUACUCAAAGAGGUUUACCAUUAGCUUUAAAUUUUAUUGCUUCAGCUAUGGGAGUAGGUAUAAUAUCGACUUAUGCACAAAUAGCUAAUCUUUCAGGAUUACAUGGAUUAUUAGUUUAUACAUUAUGUGGAGCUAUACCAAUAUUAGGAUUUGCAAUAUUUGGACCAAUUAUAAGAAAAAAAUGUCCAAAUGGAUUUAUAUUAACUGAAUGGGUAAGACAAAGAUUUGGUAUUGUUACAUGUUUAUAUUUAAGUUUUUUUACAUGUUUAACUAUGUUUUUAUUUAUGGUUGGUGAAUUAAGUGCUAUAAGAGGUGCAAUUGAAUCAUUAACUGGUUUAAAUGCAUUAGGAGCAGUUAUUGUUGAAUGUGUUGUUACUACAAUUUAUACAUUUUUUGGUGGGUUUAGAAUUAGUUUUAUAACUGAUAAUUUUCAAGGAGUUUGUGUAUUAAUUUUAUUAAUUAUAUGUGCUUGUGGUAUGGGAUCAUAUAUUGAAAUAGAUCCUUCAAAAGUUGGACCAUCAGGUUUAUUAAAAGCAAAUAAAUUAGGUUGGCAAUUAGUUUAUAUAUUAUUUGUUGCUAUUGUUACUAAUGAUUGUUUUAUGGCUGGUUUUUGGUUAAGAACUUUUGCAAGUAAAACAAAUAAAGAUUUAUGGAUUGGUUGUUCAAUUGCUUCAUUUGUUACUUUUGUAAUAUGUACAUUAAUUGGAACUACUGGAUUUUUAGCUGUUUGGUCAGGAGAUUUAACAGUUGGUGAUGAAAAUGGUUAUAAUGCAUUUUUUAUAUUAUUAGCUAAAAUGCCAAGAUGGUUAGUUGCAUUUGUUAUAAUUUUCUGUAUUAUAUUAUCAACUUGUACUUUUGAUUCAUUACAAUCUGCAAUGGUUUCAACUAUUUCAAAUGAUGUAUUUAGAAAUAAAUUACAUACUUAUUAUACAAGGGUUUUAGUUAUAUUAGUAAUGGUACCAAUUGUUGUAUUAGCUGUAAAAGUAGCUGAUAAUAUUUUACAAAUUUAUUUAAUUGCAGAUUUAGUUAGUGCAGCAGUUAUACCUGCAGUAUUUUUAGGAUUAAGUACAAGAUUUUUUUGGUAUUUAAGAGGUUUUGAUGUUAUGUGUGGUGGAUUAGGUGCAUUAAUUGGUGUAUUUAUAUUUGGAACAGUUUAUUAUGGUAAUGCAAGAGAUGGUGGUAAAUUAUUAUUAAUUUGGAAUGGUAUAUAUGAUUCUGAAGAUUGGGGUGCAUUUGGAGCAUUUGUAAUAGCUCCAGUUGGUGGUGUUAUAAUAACUUUAUUUGCUGCUGGAGUUAGAAUAUUGACAUUAUUUAUUUAUUCUAAAAUAACAGGUGAACCAUUUACAGCUUUAGAUAAACCUGAAGAAUUACCUGAUAUUGUUGAAGAUCAAACCAUAUAUCCAAGUGAAGAUGAUAAAAAAAGUGCUUAA